AUGCGGACAUGCCGCCAAUUCUCGGCGCACACUGCCAUCCGCCGUGUUUUUUGGGUUACACUUGCAGUCUCCUUGUUACUGCUGUUUUAUAUUGCUGUAUUACCGGGAGAAGUUCAAUAUACUGAGAGAAUACCAGCCAAUUUUUCUGCCAUAAAGCAAAAAUUUACAUUUGGUGUAAGUUUUUUAUUAUUUUUGAUUGGAUUUUAGGCAGAAAAGGGAUCAGACAGCACAUUUGGCGGGAGAAAAUUAUAGUAGAGAUGAUUAUCUUAUUUUCAUUAUAACUUUGUUGAAAAGAGAGUUAGAUACAUAAAACUUUGUGCGAUGCUAGGCUACUCUUUUGGUUAACUGACAAAGAGAAGAGAAGGAGUUUUUGAAAUUUACUAAGAUAUUGAAGUUACAGUAGUUCUACGGUACCAUACUUUGUUUUUAAAUUGAUGAAGUUUAAAACGUUUUUUGAGUAUUUCGAGAUGUUUUAACGUUGUUAGGUAUAAAGGAAGUGUUGUAUGGGUACCUUCAAGAAUUUAUUUUUAGAAUGUCACAUUAAAAGUAGUGGCAAUAGGACAGAAUGCGGACAAAAACGACAAGAAGGCCAUUUCAACUCCAGGUGAAGCUGUAAGUCAAAAUAAUUUUUUUUAUAGGACAAUUAUGUUAUAGGACAAUUAAAAGCUUAUUGCUUAUUUAUAUUUUUAGACGUGCAGAAUUCCAAAGCUGGACAAAAACAAUCCAGAAAUAAUGGCAUUUGACAAAGAACCACACCCUUUGAAUUGUAAUGGUGAACCACAUUGGUUUGAGCUCGAUAUGGACAACAAAUUAGUCUUGACUGCUCGUGGAGAAACAAUGUAAGCUUUUAAAUGAUUGUUUUCGAAUUUAGGUAUGAAAUGGUAAAUUUGAAAUUAAAAGCAUUUUUCAAAUUUUUUUUGGCAAAAUGGCAAGAACUUUCUUUACAAAACAAAAAACGGCAAGAAAUUUAUUUACAAAGCAUAAAAUCAUAAAAACUUUCUUUACAAAUCAAGAAAUCACCAGACCGUUUGCUGUAAGCUUUAAAAUUUUAAAUAAUUUUAUUUUAAGCAAGUCCAACGGCUCGUUCAAGUGCACAGUAGCAUAUUUUGAACGCGAAGACGACGAUCACGUAAAAUGGGAACCAGAAAAGCAAGUUCAAGUUGGCGACAAGAUCGACCAUUCGGACUAUUCCCUACUGAAGUGCGAACAAAACGGAAAAGUAUGGGAGAGAUUGUUCAUGAAUAUAGUACCAAGAAAGGAGCUGAUCCAAAAAUCAGCCGAUGCUAAACCAUCGCCGGACUGGAGUGGCCUAAACUUGUUCUUCAUGGGCUUCGACUCUCUAUCACAACAAGCCUACAGACGGUCCUUACCUAAAACAGUCGAGUUUUUGGAAAAAGAGCUAGGAUCCAUAAUACUAGACGGGUACAAUAUUGUCGGUGAUGGUACUCCACAAGCAUUUAUACCUAUAUUGACUGGUCAAACCGAGGAAGAGUUGCCAAUGACAAGGAAAAGAGUUAAGGGAGCUCAAUACGUGGACGAGGUAUACCCAUUCGUUUGGAAGAAUUACAGUGACGCCGGCUAUGUUACAGUAUACGGAGAAGAUGCUGCGGCCGUAGGAACGUUUACUUAUAGGUUGAAAGGGUUCAAACAUCAACCGGCUGAUCACUAUACGAGGACGUUCUUUCAAUAUGCAGAGAAGUAUGCUAAGAAUAUUAAGUGUGAUGGCCCGGAAACUCAGCAUAAGGUAAUAUCACUAGCUUUGCCUUGCUUUUAACUAUGUUAAAAGUAACUUCUUGUUUAUUGGCUUAUAUUCUGUCAAAAACAAAUUUUUCUAGGUAUGGUUCAAAUACGCCGAGGAUUUCAUGCACAAAUACCCAAAAGACACAAAGAAGUUUCUCUUAAUGUUCCACGCUCUACUGUCCCACAACGAUAUCAAUGAAGUAAAGCUAGCGGACGAAGAGUUUAGAGAUCUACUCAAACGACUAAAAACAGACGGAUACUUUGACGAUGCUCUAGUAGUAAUCAUGGCUGAUCACGGUAACCGAUUUGCUGAUGUGAGAGCAACACAACAAGGCCAACUGGAAGAGAGACUACCCUUUAUGUCAUUCGCAUUACCAGAAAAGUUUAAACAAACUGAAAAGGGAAGACUGGCCUACGAGAACCUGAAGAAGAACAAGGAUCGAUUGACCUCUCCAUUUGAUCUGCAUCCAACCUUGAUGAAUAUCCUCAAGUUUCCAAGUGUGGAAGAGCUGAAUACAGUCCAGGAUGCCAAAGAGAAUAGAGCUCUAUCGUUGUUUAGAGAAAUUCCGGAGAAUAGAACUUGUGCACAGGUAAAUAAUGUCGUUUUUGGCACGAACUUUGUUUACAAAACAAAAAAUGGCAAGAACUUUCUUUACAAAACAAAAAAUGGCAAGAACUUUCUUUACAAGGCUAAAAUUGACAAGAACUUUUUUUACAAAACGAAAAAUGGCAAAAACUUUCUUUACAAAACAUAAGAUGGCAAUAGCUUUCUUUACAAAACAAAAAAUGGCAAAAACUUUAUUUAAAAAGCAUAAAAUGGCAAGAACUUUCUUUUCAUAACGAAAUUUUUUUGAAUUUUCAGAAUCAAAAUUUAAUUUUUAAAAUCAAAUUUCAGGCCGGAAUCGCCUCUCACUGGUGCACCUGCCUGAACUGGGAAGAAGCCUACACCACCCAGGAACAAAAAGACCUCUCAAACCUACUAGCCCUAGGCAUAGUGAAGACAAUGAACGAGUACACGGCCAAAGAACGAUCAUUAUGUGCCGAAAUUCACUUGGCCGAAGUGUUAUCAGCUAAAAGACUGAUCCCGAACACCGAUCUGAUGAAGUACAAUGGAGUGAAAGAUCAAGACGGCUUCGUACCUCAACUACAAGGCAAAACUAAGGCCACCUUCUUCACAUACCAAAUCAAACUCAACACCCAACCAGGCAACGCCAUCUACGAAGCCACGGUAAACUACGAUGAAGUGGCGAAGGAGCUGACGGUCGAUUAUCGGUCGAUUAGUCACGUCAACAAGUUUGGUGAUCUACCUCAUUGCAUCAUCGACAAGAACUACUUUUUGGCCGCGUACUGUGUCUGCAACGAUAAGAUAUUGUGA